GAGAGAGAAAGGUGACGGCUGUACCGGAAGCGCAGGGCCGCCUACAACUCUCGGGCUUCUCUCCCAUUCUCUUCGCCUUGGCGUCCGGGGAAGACGACGACGACUCGGCGCAUCUCCUGCGAGGAGCUUGCUGAGGGGGCCCGGCAUCCUGAGGGGCGAGAGAUACCGCGCAGCGCAGGCCUUUUCGCGCGCGCCUUUACCUGCCAACAGGUGUUUCGUUUCCCAGAGCGACCCCCGUCCGGCCCGCGCUCCCCUCUCCGGCCCCGGGAUGGCCCUCAACAAAUCUAUGCACGCGAGGAACAGAUACAAGGACAAGCCGCCGGAUUUCGCUUACCUGGCGUCCAAGUACCCGGAAUUUAAACAACACGUGCAGAUAAAUUUGUCCGGGAGGGUGAGGUAAGUUCUCAGUAGCAUAUGUAUGUAUUCUGUAUAAUACAGUAAUAUAAAUUUAUUUAUUUAUUUGUUUGUUUGUUUGUUUGAAAUCAGUUUUCAAAAAAGUUUCAGGAGAUUCUUUAUGUAUGUUACAGUUGCUGCCAGAAUUCUAAUAGCAAAAGGCUGGAAGGGAGAGGAUAUUUCCAUCUAAAUUAGAAUGGCAAAACAAAAUAAGAGAGUGCGCUGAGCUGGCGAGAUUAUCAGCAAGGUUAAGAGACGUUACAGAUGGAAAAUUUAUCAGAGAGUGGGAUAUAUGCAGAGUAUAUGUAAAAGAACAUAGUGAAAAGUUGGCAGGUCUUGAUUGAGCUUCGGUGUGUAAGUGGGAUAAUUUUAUAAAAUAAAAUUGAUAUUAAGUCAAAUAACAGAGAAAGUAAAGUUUAAGCGCAUAUUUAAGGAAAUUAAUUUGGGAACUCAAGGGGAAGAUCGGAGGUCUUGUCAAAUUUAAUCACUGAUGGAUGUACAAAGCAAGUACUAGUUAAAAAAUGAAUAAUUGUUUAUUUCAUAUGUUGCCUAUAACAUCUAUUGCAUAUUUAUGUUACAAAGUUUUCAACCGAUAAAGCAUUUAAAAACUGGGAGGGGGGAUGAAAUCAUUUUUAUUUGAUUUUACAGAUAUGAAUUUAUAACAUUCCAAAUGCAUAUCCAUAUAUAGAGAUUACUCUUCAUCUCGAGACUCCCCCCCCCCAUGGGUCCUAUUGUCAACAUUUACAACUGCAUAUUAUUCCAUACAAAAAUAAUGGUAUUAUUUUUAUAAUAUAGUAAUAUUAUAUUAUAGAAAUAAUACUAUAAAUAAUAUCUAUAGAAAUAUUAUAAAUAAUAAUUUUAUUCUUAUCAGUAGCCUAAUAUAAUGUAACAUAAUUAUAAUUAUAUUAGGCUGCCAACAAGAAUCGCGCUUCAUGCCAGUAGCAAAAAGGCAAGGUUUUUUUGUGGGGUUUUUUUGCCCUGCAUCCAAAAACUUGAGCCACUUGGGGGUUGGAGAAGGAGGUACCACAGAAUUGUAGAGUUGGAAGGGAGCCCCCCCCCCCGGGUCACUUAGUCCAACCUGCUGCAAUGCAGGAAUCUUUUUACCCUAUGUGGCGUCCAGAACCAUGUUAUUGAGAUUAAGUGUCUUAUGCUCUACUGGCAUAAACUGGAGUUUAUGAUAUGCGUUGUGUUCAUUUGCAGGCACGGGCCUGGUUCAGCCUUGGAAAUAAGCCCACAAAUGCUACUAUAGUCAUACCUCGUGUUGUGUUGUGUUGUGCUCUGCUCUUCUUACGAACUUUCAGCUUACGAACAUGGCAAACCCAGAAGUGUUUACUUCCAGGUUUGCCGCAUGCACAGAAGCGAUCUGUGCGCUUUGCGCAUGUGCAGAAGUGCUUGAUCAUCGCGCACAUGCGUGGAAGAGGCGCUCUAGUUGCGGACUUUUUGGGGUGCGAAUGGCACCCCAAAACGGAUUAAGUCCGCAACUAGAGGUACCACUGUAGAUCACUAAGAGACUAGUAGCUUGCAGUUUCCAUUCCAGCCACAGAGGAGGGAAGCCCCUUACUUUGCAGAGAGGUUUGACCACAGCGCACCAAACCGAGCUCCUCCUCAUUAGUGCCCCCAAGUGGAUAUCUUUAUUCUCUUGCCACCUCCACUGAAACAGCUUUUUAACCUCUGGAAGCUUACUGGCCCAGCCAGCUUUCUGUACUGAGUAGAGUGGUGAGAUAAUCAGGCUUGGGUUGAACAACAAGGCCUCAAAGCUUUUUCUUUCCUUUUAAAUUCCCUGCUAUUCUUAUUUGCAAGAGUGAACAUAGCCAAGUCUGGCAUCUGUAGUGCAUUCCACGCUACGUUCCUUGAUGCAAAACAGGAAUUCUUCAGCUCACCUAUUAUCUUGUGCCUUUCAGUGUGAACUUCAAGGAUCCAGAAGCGGUGAGAGCCUUAACAUGCACCCUGUUGAAAGAAGACUUUGGACUACAAAUUGACAUACCUUUGGAGAGGCUCAUUCCGACUGUUCCCUUGAGGCUCAACUAUAUCCACUGGGUCGAAGAUCUGAUUGCUCAGCAGGACGCUGCUGCUAAAGAUUCAGCUACAUGGGGAAUAGACAUAGGUAUGUUUCGUGUUGGUGACUUGUAGAUCAGUCCUAAGUCCCACUACACACGUGGGCCACUUGUGUUGUCACAAUAUCACCAUAAUUUAGCCUUUGUCCUGUAAUUUCCCAGCACAAAAGUUGAGGGGGGGGUGCUAUUUACAAAAAGCGCAGAGCAGAGCAUCAGCCACACACUCCAGCAUAUAAUGGGAGCGGACUGUCUAUGCUCCCAUGAUAACCAGGCAUCCAGACCACUCACAUUAGUGGGGAGACACAUCUAUGAUGUCCCCCUCCCCAUACAUAACCCACCAGGCAAAAUGACACCACAGUGCCCCCUCCCAUGUAAUGAAUUGGGGUUUUUGUUUAUGUCCAGGAGUCCUGAGAGAGGAUACAUAUCGGAGUUUUAAGAAGUCGGGUGUUUGCAAAGCUAUUUGUGUGAACUUGUAAAGUUCACACAAAAUGUCCUUUCUACAUAGUUUUGAUCACCAAAGAUUUCCCGCAUCAACUCUCAUGCAUGUGAUAUGAAGCCACAUUUGCCUUUCUUACUUUCUCCCUUUCAGGGGUUUAUGUACUUCUGUGGGUGUGCUCUGACUGGGUGUAGAUUUAGUCUGAAUCCAUUGUGAAGGAGUAAGUGCUUUUUGACCAUACAGUCCAGUGGAUUAUUUUUCAUUCAUGUCACUUCUGUAGCUGGUACAGAGUUCUUCUGAGGACAGCGUUGUGGUGAGGCAGGGUGGUUAGAGCAGGCCUUAUUUCGCCUGCUUGUGAAGCAUCAAGUGUUGCAAGGUAUUUUGUGGAAUAGGAAAUGCUCUUCUCAAACAGUGGCACUAAAUAGAAAGUAAUUUAGCAUGUUCUACCUAAUAGUACUUGCUGGCCAACUGGUAAAAUUCAUAUAUUGAGAGAUAGAUAGAUCCUUAGAAAAUGCAUUCUGGGUUGUUUAUUUUGAAUGCUCUGCGGUGUUUUAACUUUUGCACUUUUCUUGGGUGUGUUGCAGGAACAGGUGCCUCUUGUAUUUACCCAUUACUUGGUGCAACUUUGAAUGGAUGGUAUUUCAUUGCAACAGAAGUGGAUGAUGUGUGUUUCAGCUUUGCCAAGAAAAAUGUGGAACAAAACAACUUAUCCAACCUUAUAAAAGGUAUCAUUAUAUCCCUCUUGUCCCAAUCUUAUGCUGCAAAGUAGUUUGCAUACAGGCAAAAUUAUCCAUGCAUUGCAUUAUUUUGAGGCAGAAGCCGAGAGUUUUGUUUAUACAGUGGUACCUUGGUUCUCAAACUUGAUCCAUUCCAGGAGUCCGUUCAGCUCCCAAAACUGUUUGAAAACCAAGGCAUGGCUUCCAAUUGGCUGCAGGAGCUUCCUGCACUUAAUCGGAAGCCUUGUCGGACGUUCGGCUUCCGAAAAACGUUCACAAACCAGAGCACUUCUGGGUUUGUGGCAUUCAAGAGCCGAUUUGUUCAACAACCAAGCCAUUCGGGAACUCAGGUACCACUGUAUUUAAUGAUUCCCCCACCUCGAAUUUUUGUUGUAGACUAGUGCCAACAGAGAAGAAAACAAUCCCCAAAAUUCCUAACUGCCUUCCCAAUCAACCCAACCUGUAAAGAGCAGAGAAAGAAAAAAGGGGGAAAGGUUAAAAGAGAAUGGAAGGGGAUGGCUGGCAGGAAGAGGGCCAAGAGGAAGCAUAGCAACAGUAGAGGUUAGGGGACCUAAACUCUGAGAGAUCUGGUGUAUUACUCCUCAAAGUGGAUUGCUUGUUCAGCUUCUGCUACUGAAGUGGAUCUCCGAUCACCAUUGGAAAAGUGAGCAAGUAAUUUUUGAGGUCUAACAAUAGUGACAUAAUAGCAUUUGUAUUGUGAAUGUCCAUGAUGCGGCCAACAUGUUGUGCUAUGGUUAUGAUAUUAAGCUUUCCACCUUUAUAAGUGGGUUGCCUUUGUCUUUUUGUUUGAAGUAGCAUAUAACGAUUUCUAGAAGUUCUGUCGAAAGUAAGCAAAUGUCUGGUUUUCCCUAACCCUCGGUGCUUCCUUUUCUUUCAGUGGUUAAAGUACCACAAAAGACACUCCUGCUGGAUGCUUUGGAAGAAGAGUCUGGGGUCGUCUAUGAUUUCUGCAUGUGCAACCCUCCUUUUUUUGCCAACCAGCUGGAAGCAAAGGUAUGUUGAUUGCUGAUCCUCUGCCCUGGGCUUCUCCUGUUUGUGUUGACACAUGCUCAUUCUUUAAAGGUCCCUUUACAGUUGAAACGCUUGAAGUAUAAUUUGAUGCUGUGUAGAAAGACAGUUGGGAGAGGCGGAAGAACCUAAGCAUCUGUAAAAAAAAAUCAUAGUUAGUUUGCAUGGCUACGUAGCAAGCUAAGAGGUAGUGAUGCCCACUUUCAUUCUUUGCCAGGGAGUAAAUUCUCGUAAUCCCAGAAGACCCCCUCCGAGCUCUGUUAACACUGGAGGGAUCACUGAGAUCAUGGCUGAAGGAGGAGAGCUGGAAUUUGUCAAGAGAAUAAUCCACGAUAGCCUGCAGCUUAAAAAAAGAUUACGGUAAGAAUUUAAUAUUUUUAUUGUUUAUAUGCCACCCAUCUGACUGGGUUGCCCCAGCCACUCUUGGCGGCUUCCAACAAAACAAAACAAAACAAAACGCAAUAAAAUAUCAAACAUUAAAAACUUUCCUAUACAGGGCUGCCUUCAGAUGACUUCUAAAAGUCAAAUAAUUGUUUAUGGGAGGGCGCCCCUGCUGAGAAGGCCCUCUGCCUGGCUCCCUGUGACUUUACUUCUCGCAGUGAGCAAACUGCCAGAAGACCCUCGGAGCUGGAUCAAAUAAAAAACUUGUUGUUUAUAGCCAAAGGCCAUCAAAAUCCAACAUUAACAAUAAAAAAUAAAUCAUUUAAAAUACACACAUAAUAACGAGAAUAUCAGUAUCUUCACCGUAAAUUAAAAACAGAACAAUCAAUCCUCUCCAGUCUUCAUAGGAAAUAAAAUAAAAUCAUCAUCAUCAUGAUGUUGAUGAUUUAUACAACUGAAACCACUGAUUAAAAUAUAUUUGUGAUGUGGCAUGAAUUCCAGUACUUGGAAUAAAGUUGUUGGGCUUGGUUUUGAGCAUUUGUUUUGCUAUAGUAGGAGGAGGAAAAGGUGCGCUCUUAACAUUAUUUCCAAAUCUUGGGGUAUGGUUCACCCAUGACUGUAAUAGAGUCUGCAGUUGUUUCUCAAAGCAUUUUCCUUUUUUUAAAUUGGCAGUCACGAGACCUUUGUGUUCUGAAACUUGAACCCCCAAGAGGCUAGUUUUGAGAGAACUUAGUCUGAUUUCUAAACUCUUUGGUUCUGAAAUGUCUUUCAUUACUGCAGGUGGUACAGUUGCAUGCUGGGGAAGAAGUGCAGCCUGGCACCCCUGAAAGAGGAGCUUCGGAUCCAUGGGGUAAGCAUUUCUGUAAACACACCGCAGCUAUCUGUAUUACAUCUGCUCACAGCUGCACUUUCCAUUUGUGUGAAAUACUAAACGGUUUUUCCACUGGCAGGCUGCAGAACCUGGCACCCCAUCAAUCUAACACACUACUUGAAAGGAGGUCCCACCGACUGCAAUGGCCCUUAGAUCCAGGCAGGUGUGUGUAAGACACCAACCUUAGUCAACACAGCAGAGUUUGAGAAUUUAAUGCACGGUGGACAAAAGUAGCAGCGUUCCUUGUGCAUUAAAACCUGUUUUUUUCAGAGGUGUGUUCUCACCAACAACCAAUAUGGGGUUCACUGCGAGACAUGUAUCUCCCUCCUUCGGCUGCAUGCAGGGCUCCUCAGCCCAGCCCAGCUGCGGCUGCCGGAAGGGCUGUCCUUCGGAACCCCUUUUGCAGAAGUUCUUGAACCUGGAUUGAAAACGCAGGUGAAAAUAGUGGUGCCCUUUUCAAUGCUCCACCUGUCUGUUAAACAGCAAAGAUACACCUCCCUGCAAGGAGAAAAAGAGUGUGCCAAUCCUGUUGUGCCAGGUUUCUAACUACAGGGAGUUGUUUUCUGUGGGAGAGCACUCAACCCUGCCUGCAUCUGCAGUCUGAAGUAGCCCAGUCAGUCCUGUUUAUGUUUGUAUCCUGCUUUUUCUUCCACUGAACUCAUUUAAAUCACAGGAAUCCAAGGUGUGCCACCAUGUAGGAACUAGCCUGACCUAGACUUGCUUAGCUUCAACAAGGUGGCUGCAUCUUGUGCCUUCAGAGCAUUUCCUGGCCUUCAGAUUACUCUGCCCCCUUCCUUGUUCCUGCUCCAUUCUGCUGCACUAUAGACCCAGCCUCAUUUAGCUCCCUGUGAACUGGACAAGAAGUUAUUUGUCUAUGCUGCCCAUGAUCAGAGACUUUGGAGGAAAGGGCCACAGACACCUUUUUUUGUGUGUGUAUGUGAAAUGCUGUAAUGUAGAGCUAAAAGAGUAAAAUGCCAUCGUGGGAUGUUUUGGGGUCCUAGCUCAAAAUACAGUGGUACCUCGGGUUACAUACGCUUCAUGUUACAGACUCCGCUAACCCAGAAAUAGUGCUUCAGGUUAAGAACUUUGCUUCAGGAUGAGAACAGAAAUCAUGCUCGAGCGGCGCGGCGGCAGCAGGAGGCCCCAUUAGCUAAAGUGGUGCUUCAGGUUAAGAACAGUUUCAGGUUAAGAACGGACCUCCAAAACGAAUUAAGUACUUAACCAGAGGUACCACUGUAGGUCUGAAGUUGUAAUGAGUUACUGAAGGAAAUAACUCCCCAAAUGUAAGGUUGGCUUGCUGUUUUUCUUUGUGUGCAGGUUCCUAAAGUCACCCACACUGAAUUCUGCCAAGGUCGCACCAUGAGGUGGGCGUUGGCUUGGAGCUUCUAUGAAAAUGUCAAAGUGCCAGUAAGUGCCCACGUGUCUUUCCCGCAAUUCGUUAUCUUGUGUUAUCGCUUAGGACUCUCCCUUAAUGCGUCGCAAGCUCCUGAGUUUCCAAAGCAAUUUACAUAGGCCUGGCGGGAUGGGGUGAAGAAGACCUCUGUUCAAUAAACACACAUUCAGAUCUCUGAUUAGUUGCACAAAAUUACUUGAGUGAUUACUCGAGUAAUCAAAUUUCUGUGCCCCCACCCUUUUUGCUUCUUCCUUAGUUUCUUAACAGCAUACGUCAACUAUGUUAAUGAAUGUACAGACUGCAACUAUCAGAUUCAGGUGUACGAAAUUCUCUUGGACCAUAGUACAUAACUGGCAGAAAUUGAAUUACAUGCUUUGUUCAAUAUCAGUUUAAUUUUUUUCCCCAAUUGCUACUGAACAGUUCAUUUUUUCCCUCCCACAGUCCAUAUGUAAUGUAUUAAUUUUGCAAUAAGUGUGUUUUUGUGUUACACGUUCUCCCAUUUCCCCUGAUUGGGGAUUUUCUUUGUUUCCAAUACUAAUCAUACAUAAUUCCAGCUGCUGUUGCUGUACGAUGUAGUUCCUGGUUUGGGUCCAAAGAAAGCUUAACUUACAGAAGUUCACAGAAAGAAUAUUUCCCAUUGCCUCUUCUCUGUAGCCACCUGUGCCCCCCAAGGUGUUAUGGGGGCGCUCCUGAGCCUCAUGUGAUGUAGCACAGAGUGUUAUUGAGGUGUGGGGAUGGGAAAUUUUCCUUCCGUGAACCUCCUUAAGUCACCACAUAUUGAUACUAAUUAAAUAAAGGUAAAGGUAAAGGACCCCUGACAGUUAAGUCCAGUCGCGAAUGUAUCUGGGUUUGCGGCACUCAUCUUACUUUACUGGCCAAGGGAGCUGACGUUUGUCCGCAGACAGUUUUUCCGGGUCAUGUGGCCAGCAUGACUAAGCCGCUUUCUGGCGAAACAGAGCAGCAAACGGAAACGCCAUUUACCUUCCCACUGGAGGGGUACCUAUUUAUCUACUUGCAUUUUGACGUGCUUUCGAACUGCUAGGUUGGGAGGAGCUGGGACCGAGCAACGGGAGCUCACCCUGUCAUGGGAAUUCAAACCACUGACCUUCUGAUCGGCAAGCCCUAGGCUCAGUGGGGACCACAGCACCACCCGCGCCCCUAAUUAUUUACACAUUUUCUAUUCAUGCUCUGAAUACUGCAGUACUAUUCUUUAGAUUUUUAAUUAUUCCAUUUCCUCUUUCCCCCUCAGUCACCUCCUUCUAAGAAACGAAAGCUAGAGAAGCCUCGGAAACCAAUCACGUUCCUAGUCUUGGCGUCUACAGCCAAAGAGUUAGCUACUAAAGCUUCCUCAGUGGGGAUUGAUGCUGUUGAAGGGAUGGCAGUAGUUGCAGCAUGGAUUAGAAAAAUCCUCACUGACCUGAAGGUAAUAGUAACUGCAACAAUUCUCCCUUUGCUUUCCUCUUUUAAAUGUGAUGUCAUUUCAGGAAGCGGCAAAUUUACACCAGCGAAUCACACUAAAACUCUGUGCAUGUUUGCUUCAAUAGGUGCAGCACAAAUGCAUUCCCUGCGGGAAAGACGAGAUCAGUUUGUUCCUAACAGCUGUAGAAAACUCCUGGAUUCACUUGCGGAGAAAGAAGAGGGAUCGUGUCAGGCAGCUGCGCGAACUUCCUCGAGCCUCUGUAGAUUUCCUCCAAGCCACAACAGAAGGAAAGAACCUGAACGAGGCAAGUAACAUCACAGAAGGCGACAAAGGUGGGCCUGCUGGAGGAGACAAGGAAGGACUUGCUGAAGAUGACAGAGGUAGGCGUGGGGAAGACAACGAAGGUAGGUCCACAGAAGAUGAAAAAGACAGAUCCACAGAAAAGGCAUUGGCAGUACUUGGUUGCAGCCUUGAGUCACGAGAGGAUGGCAGACUGAAUAGCGCGCCUGAUACUGAAGAAGAAAACCUCGAGGGACAUACCAAAGAAAACAGCCAAGCAGAGGAACCAGCUGUUGUUUCAGCAAGCUUAGAAGAUUCCAGUGAUGGAAAAGAGGAGAGGUCCAAGGACUUUGGUACUGGUUGCCUAGGUAUUGAGAUUGGAGAGGGUGCCAACGUCUCUGGUGAAUGGUUCCUUUUCAAGUGUAUGUUAGUUGUGAAGAAAGAAGGGGACGAUUCUUUAGUAGAAAUGCACUGGAUUGAGGGGCAAAACAGAGACUUAAUGAACCAGCUGUGUACCUAUUUAAAGAACCAAAUUUUUCGGUUGGCCACAACAUAAGGAUCUACGUGAAUGAGAAACAUUAUGUUAGCCUUAUUUUUGUAAUCAUGGCUUUUGUGUUAGCAUAUAUUUAAGGACAUCUUUGCUAUGAAAAGUGGCUAUUUUUAAAUCACUUGUGAAGUUUGAAGAUCUGGAAAUUCAUAAAGGCCUUGAAAAUAAUUUGUGGAUAGCAUCCAGACUGGACUAGGUGCACUUAAUUCUCGUUGAAACCAAUGUGAAAAUUCAGUCAUUAUUUAAGUUGCAUAGACUUCAAUGGGAACUAAGUGCAAACUAACAUAAUCCUGGACCCUACGCAUUUUGUGUAACAAAUUUUUAGCUGUUGAGAUAACAUACUAGAAAGCAGCACUGUGUCUGCCUUAAAAAGGCAACGUUGUUGUGGAUUCUUCAUUGGCUUUUCCAUGUGCUUAGUGGAAAUUUUCCACAGUUGUAUCUGUCCCGUUUCCCUUGACAAGUGAUAUUAUUGGCAACCAUGAGUCAGCAGCUGUGUUCACAAGUCACAGUAAAGUGGGAUGAUGAACAAUUUAACCUGAAUGCGUAGAUUACUCCUGCUUUGUUCCUCUACCGAUAAUAUGCAGCAAAUUAUGAUCCUUGGCUCACCAUUACAUUUGAAAUCAAAACUGGUUUGGUUCACUCAAACCCCCAUUUGGUAAGCCAAGAACCAGAGCGGCAAAGGGUCUUCAGGUACAAGUUACAAAGAAUUACGGGAUGGAUUGAAAAUAUAUACAGACACUUUAGGGACUUGGCAAGCAUGUGUGACAUACUAGAGCCAGGUGAAACAUCCUAAACGUUUCAAGUUGGGAAGAAUUUGAGUGCCGUAAAAUGGAUAUUAUAAAGAGAGCAAAUUUGACUGUGUUAAGCUACAUGAUGAUGUGAUAUAUUGAUUUUUUAUAUUAAAAAAAUCACAUAAUAAAAUAUUUUUU